AUCAUGGAGAUCAUGUCAACCAUAGCAUGUGACAAAUGCAGAAAAGCAGAUUACAUAAUCCUGAUCGACCUUCCUUUUUAUCUGCAAUAAAGGAAUCACACCUAAAAUUCAACUACUCAACAGUACCAUCUCAUAUCUUCUUCAUAGAUCUUCCAAAAACCCCAAUUCUUUCUCAAAAUCUAAGCUCUUUGUUUUGAUCUUGGGUUGAACUUUUUGAAGGAAGAAGAGUGAGACCAAACAGAAAAAAAAAAUAAAAAAUGACACCUGAUCGAAAAAUAGGUGUAGCUAUGGACUUCUCAAAAGGAAGCAAAUUAGCUCUCAAAUGGACCGUUGAUAAUCUGCUAGACAAAGGUGACACACUCUAUCUCAUUCACAUUAAGCCCCCUCUCGCUGAUGAAUCCCGAAACCUUCUCUGGUCCACCACUGGUUCACCUUUGAUUCCAUUGUCGGAGUUUCGAGACCCUGAGGUGUUGCAGAAGUAUGACAUUCAGCUUGAUCCUGAGGUUCUGGAGAUGCUUGAAACUGCCCCAAAGCAGGCGCAUGCGAGUGUGAUAGCAAAGCUAUACUGGGGUGAUGCCAGAGACAAAUUGUGUCAGGCUGCUGAAGCUCUGAAGCUUGACGCUUUGGUUAUGGGAAGUAGAGGCCUUGGCAGCAUCCAAAGGGUUUUGCUGGGAAGUGUGAGCAGCUAUGUGCUGGCAAGUGCAACGUGCCCUGUGACAAUUGUCAAAGAUCCCAGUGCAAAAGUUCAGGGAUUCUGAUCUCAACUUCUCUAUCUCCGAUGGUGAUUUUCAUGAGAUAGAUAAUUGCACAAGUUUAUUUUCAGAAGAUUGGCUGUUUUGUAAGUUUAAGAAGUAUUGCCAAAGAUGUCAGGCUGUUCAAUGAAUAAACCUUAUUCCAAGUAUGUUUUAAUAAUUUAACCUUCAUUAUGUUGUUUAUGUCCAUGGUUAUGUACAGUGUAAGUGACAACGCAUAUAUGUCUGGGUUAUUGUUUAGCUUCUUAUAUUUUUUUUCUAUCACAACUUCAAUUUUAGUUUA